AACCUCUAUUAGCACUGCAGGGUUUUAGUGUGUAAAAUGGGUCAGAGUUAGCCUGGUCACUCUGGUCAUGGUUAGUAAAACUGAAGCUGAAUGGGAUCUAAUUUACAGAUUUGCAUUUACACGUGUCUUAGUUGUUCCCGAAGCUGGUGUCAGACUUCUCUGGAGAGUGUAAAAAUAAAUUUAAAACUCGUUGCUAAUCUGUUAUUUAACCAUAAACGAAUGAGAUGUUAAAUAAAGGCUCAGUAGUUAUUUAUGCUGUUUGUKUUUUCAGUGUUCCCUUAAUUUAUUGGCUUAUAAAUAAAGUUGGAGUACUUCAGCCAGCAGUAAUUUGAACUGGAAGACUUUUCUUUGGGCUUGUUUAGUCUGGAGCUGUUAGUGUGGUGAAGCUAAUGUUAACAUGCUGGAAGCGUGGUUGUCGAUUCUUUCUACAUCUGUGUGGGUAAACUGUUUCGGUCACGUGCUUGUGUUCAUACUAUUUUUGGAUUAGCUGUGGUUCAGCGCUACACUGAGUGGUCUACAGUUUUACUACAGCCUAAUAGGUGGUGAUAAAAUACAGAUUUGUUAACGUUUUAUAUAAAAAAAUAAAAAAGUUUGUGUGAUUGCUCUUUACGAACUUGAUGGAGUUUUCUCUCACAGCACAAGUAUUUGUUUUUUUGUUUUCAGUUCCAAUCCUGUUUCUGUUGUUUGUUGUGACUUUGGCGCCUCCUUUUGAAAUGAAAAAUGCCUAAUUUGGCGCGCACACGCUUGCUCGCCGAGGAACACAGUGGACCGUAGCUGACAGGUGAGAUGACGAGAUUUAUGUCGCACGGGCUCUGUGGUCUGAGCGGACAUAAAAAAAUAAUGAACAGUGAGUUUUCCAGCAUUUUAUUGCUACUCUGAGCUGCUUUUCCGACAUAAUGACUUGCUAACAUCUCAGGGAUGUUAAUGAGCCGUGCACGCGGAGCUGAGGGAUGUUGUUAGUUGCUGAGAUAUUUCUGUAGCAAAGCGAAGGAUCACAUGACAGACCAUCACCGCUGUGGAGCCAUAAUACAAGUGCAGCUAAUAACAGGAACUCUCAACUGCCUUUAAGUGUGUGAAUGAAUGGUGUAACUGGUGUUAAAUUUUGCUGGCAGCUCCUAACAGCUGGGUAUUGCUGGGAACUUCAYAAUACAGUAAGCAUAAAUAUGGAUGAAGUAUAACCCACGUACAGCUUUUAGCACAUAAUCAAGAGUUCAAUACCGUGCUCACCACUUCCUGAAUGUGGAAUUAUUGUUUUAGAGAGCCUAAAUUACUUGAGAGGUGGUAAUUUGUGAUUUCACUUGCAGGUUUUCUGCAGACCUCCCACCGCGGGRAGACAUUUUAAUGCAGUCUUCGUGGCGAGCUGGGAGGAGACGGGGCAGCACCCAUCAGAGCGUUUUUACUCCACACCUACAUCGCUUUUGUGUUYGCGCAUAAUGAUUUCCUUUUGGGUCACCUCUCCAGCCUUUCAGGCCAGUGAAAGCGGAUCUGUCUGUGGCCUCUCUAUUACAUAGUCCAUCAGAUAGGGAGCGUUAGAUAAGUCCCCCCCGUAUAAUAAAUGUCUCAUAUUUGAGCUCCACAGGUGGGAGCGAUCACACAACGCUGUAGCCAAGGUUCCUCUCCWGGGACAGCUUUAACAAACACCUGCUCUUUGUGGGGUGGGGGUGGGGAUAUGUCUACGUGUCUUUUCGCGUACACUCUGUCAAACAAAUAACUUUCAAAAGGCACCCCUGUGGGGCAGUUUCCUGUGGCUCUACACGUUUGGUGCGUGUGAAGGUGAAAGGUUAACACACUUCUGCUUAUUCAGCCCGAGCGACCUUUCAGGAAGCUUUAUGGUGCGAAUCGUGAACGAGUUGACCCCCUUUCCCUUUCGCGCCUCACCUACUGGUUCCGCCGACUCGGUUCAGAGUUCACCCAUCGAGGGCUGCUGCCGAUUUUUAAUGGAAGGGCGGAAACGUGCAAGGAAAUCAAAAGGAAAGAUGAGAAGGGCUGGCUUCAAAAUAGACAAACGAUCAUAAAUACAGAGAAAAGUAAAUCGUGGAGGCGAAAUGUCAGGCCGCCUUGUUAGCAGGUGUAGUGUUUCAAGGCUGUGGUCUGAGUUGGAGGCUUUGGAGUCAUGGGAGGCAACCCUAGCUGUGAGUUAUGUUUCCUUCGCUGCAUGGGUAUGCAGCACUUGUUCCAUCCUUGGAAGUCAGCGGCAGUCAAAGCYGUGGCUCGACACUUGUUUUUCCAGGGUGACAUUGUUUUUGGAGCUCUUUGGUCACCCAAGGAAGGGGAGUGUUUCAUUAGGGUUGGCGCUGUGACAGUUUCUUUACUCUGCUGCWGUGGAAAUGCUCCCUAAAACAAGCAAAACUUUCUUUUAGGUAGAAUUAUGAGACAGUGUUUCUAUAGAAGAGUUUAACUUGUUUUUAUGGGGCUUCAGUUCAUAAAAAAGUUGAAAGCUGUCCAGUCCUGUGUUGUUGUUGGGGUUUGUAUCCAGCAGCACAGAAAACAAAUAUUUUCCCUUAUCUCCCUCUAUUUCCUCCACUAAACACAUUCAGCCACUGUAACCUGCACACCUGGCUUUGUCAGCGUCUACCUGCUUCUUUAGUCCCUUACAUUUUUAGACUUCUUAUCUGAUCUUGUCAUGGCGAUGCAGAAUAAACAAACGGUUUUGAUAGCUGCAGGCUGUUUGGUUGGAACGUCAUGGCCUUUGAUCAGAGAAGCCUUUUUUUUCCUGCCACAAAGCUCGAGAAGCCAGCAGAGGGACAGAGCUACUUGAAAGCUGCAGGAAGAAAACAACMGUGCCUGAAUAUGAAGUAGGAGGAAAAGUAUAAAAAAAAAUUACACCUGUAACAGUAAUUCUUUACAAACUCUGUGAGGUAUGACUGAACAGAGUGUGAUAUCUGCUGAUCAAGAUUGUGAUUUGACCAAUCACAGCACAGUAUUUUUAUUUUUUUUUUGUCAGUUAAAUUCCAAGGAUUAUUUAGUUGUACAUCCAAUGAUCACUCUGAGAGUGUCACUAAAAUCCAUCCAGGGCUUCGUGAGAUAUUUUGAUGACAAAACCAUGAUUUCUCAUCCACUUUCAGCAAAGKUUGAUAAAUAWAUUUCCUGUCCUUCUGUUUCUUUAUUUUAAAGCAUUGGAACAGAAAAAUACUAUUGAUUUUAGCAGCUAAUCCAACACAUAGGUAAUGCAGGACAACAGGACAUGACAGUUUUGUAUGUUUUGCCAAACUUAAUGAAAACCUGCAGCUUUAAAUUUUGAAGUUCUGAAGUUUUCCCUAAAAUAUCUUGUUGGAAAAUAUUUCUCUCCUGACUACAAACAGAUUUAAACUUUUUUUUUGUUUUUACAUUUGUGCAAAAUUUAAAAACGGAUGAACUUGUUUCAGAAAUAUGAAUAGUUUGUAGUUUUACAAACUUUUCUGCACCAAUGUUCAUACAUAUCUAAAAUGUGGUUGAACAGUUUUAAAUAGCUGGGUUUAACAAACUGAUGGUUUAACUGAGGACCAGAUGAGACCAAACCAACACAUUUCACACUCAGUGCUCAUUAGAACUCAUCCCAAAGACAGGCAAGUAGAAGUGAUUGGGUGUUCAAAUGUGUGCCAAAAUGUAGGGGUUUAAUUURUUUUAUUUAUUUUUUGACUAUAYAUGAAAUUGUGCGUGGGUGUUUYAUGAUGAGGUCACUGCUCAUUGGUCCAUUUUGUGUGGGUAAAGUCUGGUGAGCAGUGAUGCUUGCUAUAGAGACAGGGAGUGUGGGAACCAACUGAGCAGUGUGUAGGGGAUGGGGGUAGGGGUAAAGGAUGAGGUAAAUGUUCUGGAGGCCAACAAUCAGCAUGUUGAUGUCUUCACUGGGUGGCCUAGUUCUUUGGAGUGGGGGGGUUACAGGACACUGCAGGUUGCUGAGUGUCAGGGCAGUGCAGUAGCACGGUACCGUCCUGUUGGAUGAGCCCUGCUGCUAAAAAUAACAACAUGAAAUCACAAGAGCUGUGGAAACUUCCUGAUACUCAGAUGCAUCUUCUGGUUGGAUGGUUCUGCAGCGAUGCAGGGACAGGACAUGAUCGAGAACUUGGAGCUUUUCAAAAUUAUUGUGAAUUAAAGGCCUUAAAGGAAUGUACUGCCAAGGUCUGACCAUUUUGCAUAAACAAAGCUGAUUUUUAAUGCAAAAUGGUCAAACCUUGAGAAUUMCGUUCAGGUUGGGUAUCGUGGCCAAUUCCCUAAAUCGAAUCGAUUUUUAUUCUCAAGGUUCUGAAUCGAUUAAUUACAAUUUGAUUCUGUUCCAUUGGAAUUCACAAGUGCACUUCACGGCAUACACUGUUGUCCUGCUUCUAAUGAGGCUUUGGAGAACAACAAGUCUUCAGUUUCAGCACAGUGUGAAUGAAUGAAUUGUAUUCUUCGUCCAGCCCAGAGUCACAAAUCGUGCUGACUGUCUGGGAGAAAAACAAAGCUUUUUACCCAAGAUGCAGCCAGAGAAGGACGCUUCUUCAAAAGCCAAAACCAUUUAUCAGAUUCUAUUGCUAUGCUUCGGUUUCAACAAUUCAGGUGACGUGUUGGCAGUGAACAUGACUAUCCCCAACACUUUGAUUCGAGGAGUAGUCGGAGGGGAGGCCCUUCUGUCCGUCCGAUACAGCAGUCUCAGCCUGGAUGUGCCRGUCAUCAAGUGGCAGCUCAAGAGGGAAAAGUCUGUCACCGUCGUCCAGACGAUCGGAACAGUCAUCAUUGGGACGUUGAGGUCAGAGUAUCAAGAUCGCAUCCUGAUCUUUGAGAACGGGACUCUGCUUCUGCACAACCUCAGGCCCUCUGAUGAUGGAACUUAUGACGUGGAGAUCUCAAUCACAGAUGAUGUCUUCACAGGAGAGGGCAGCAUCACACUCACUGUGGAUG